CCGCACGCCGGCCCCGACCCCGGCAGGCGGGACCGAGCCAGAGCGCGGGAACCAGGGGGGGCCGGCGGUGCUUCGCUGCGCGACCGGGAAGGGGCAGAGCGGUCUGGGCUGCGCGCCCCGCCCCGCCCCCGCUGUGCCGUGUUCUUCGCCUGGGGCACGGCGCCGGGUACGCGCGCGCUCUGCGCGGCUCUGCACCUCCCUUUCCUCGCUUCUCGGCCCAGUUUCCCCCAGCCACAUUCGCUUCGUUUUCCCGUGCUGCGUCUCACCGCGUUCCCUGCCCGUGUUUCUCGGAUCCUUUGAGUGAUUUCCCUGCUCGGCUCGCUAUCGUCCGCAAAUUUAAUUACAAUUCACCGCUCCAAUGAAAGUUUGUGAGCUGCUGUAAAACGAUACCCCGAUGUUCGCGUAAAUUGUAUCUUGCCUGCCUUAUCCUAAAGCUCUGCCCGGUAAUUCCACCGAAAUAACCCUGCUGGAAAACCCACGUCCCCCUGCACCCACUGUUUGGGCACCAAAGCAGCCUCAGGGUGCCCGACUGCAGCCUUCCCAUUCCUUUCUGCACAGAAAUCAGGGCCCACUGCUCUACCGCUGCUCCGACCCAGCUCUGUGAGCUGGGCUCAGCAGUGUGCCCAGGUGCCUGCUCUGUGCCGUGGCUGUUUUUGCUUCCCUGCAGCUGUUUUGGUGAGGCCUCUGCCUCAUCUGCAUUUUUUUUUCUGGUUAAAAACAGUAAUGUUGCCCUUUAUUUUUGAUCCGUCAUUAAUUUUCUCUCCCUCCCUAUUUAUUAAUAGCCCUCCUCCCUUUUGUACUGAACCUGCCCUGCUGUAUUUGUGAAGCCCUUUGCAUUCCCCUCUGCCUAUAGCUCCAUUUGCUGCUGUGCCGUCCCUUUCCUCCCUGCAGCUGUCGAGGGACGCUAUCGCCCCAUAAAUCACCUCCUGUCUGCGGCGCUCCGGGUAUCUCCUUGGAGCAUCAGAAGCGCGAAGAGCGAUUGAAAUCUCCCUUUUCUCCGCAUGUCUGCCAGCACACCGAUGUCACCGCUCUGCGGUGCGUCCCCGUGCGUGCUGUCCCCACUACUGAGUGUGUUGCUCCCUAGAGUGGGGCAGGGAGGUGGCAGUGGGAACAGCCGCCCGCCGUCCCCUCUCUGGGUGUCAGCACUGUGUGGCAGCAUCCGAAUUAGGGCCGUUUAGAAUCUCCUCGUGGCUGCGUUUAUUAGGGUAGCAGUAUUUUUUUUUCGCCCAGCCUGCAGCAGGCUAUAAAGAGUGACAUUGCCAAUGCGUGGUCCCAUAUGGGCAAUCCCGUGCCGCGGUGGCCAAGGUGUUGCCGUCCCCUUCUUGCCGUCAGGGCUGUAGGGUUACGUGCUCUAUUGAUGGCAGGAUGGAUCGAGUGGAAUUAGAAACCUCGAAGGCUAAAAAUACAGCGCCCUGCCAGGAAAUGAGGCAGCCUGCUGGGAGGGCGCUGGGUGGCACUUCAACUUUUCCAGGAACUGGCACGCUGCGCCAUGCCGUGUGCUUGCACUGGGACCUCCCGGCCUUGCGCUGGAGCUAUGCUGCAGGGUGAGCUCGCAAAGUUUGGGAGCAGCAGGGAUGCCCUGCCCUGUGCAGGGUGAGUGAGACCCACAGCCUGCACACUGUGCCCAGGGAAAAAGCUGUGCGCUGGCAUCGCUGUGCAUGCAGAGGGUGCUCCCUGCACCGUCUGGCUGAUGCAGCACCAUCUGCUUUGGAGGGUGAGGCAAGGUGAAUGGCAAACUUUGGAGGAGCCCAUAAAUCCCGCGUGCCUUGGAGGUGACUCGGGAUGUGCGCAGAGCAUCCCAGCUGGCGGCAUCCCAGUGCUGGAGGUCCACACUCCUGUGGGGGAUCUCCAUGACCCCUCGGUGAUGGGCUGCACUCUGACACCUCUAUCCACCUGUCUGUUCGGGUGAGGUGGGUUGCACCGGCAGUCCCAGAUCGGUGGGUCUGGCUCAGUGUCGGGCACUGCAGCCCACGAGGCUCCGCCGCCUGUCCCCGAGGCUGUGCUCGGUGUGGUUGGCAGGGAGGGGAUUGCAGCCUAAUGUACCGGAGGUGCCGCGGAAAUGAGAGCCUUGGAUGGAUUCCUGGCCCUAUUGAUCCGCCGGCAGUUUAUGCAUCCUGACAUUCAUAAUCUCGGUAGGCUCUGAUGUUCCAGAUUAAUGGGCCCAGGGGCUGUCCAUCCGUCACUUCACAUUAAUUACUGAAGAGGUGUUUUUCCAGUGAUUUACCUGACAGCGGCCCGUGAUGAAUACCCCUAAACAGAGUGGGCAGUGAUUAAUCACGGGGCCCCAGCCCGGCCCCAUUCUGCCUUCCCCUCAGCCACAGCGCAGACCCCCACACCAUCCGUCUCCAUAAACGCUGCUUGAUGCAUAUUUAUAGGGUCACGGGGCCUGGCAGGUACUGGCGUGCCUGGUUGUGCCAAAGAUGAUGAAAAAUAAAUCUCCACGGGGAUGGGGCAGCCUGGCACAGCCACAGCCCGUUGCCAGGACGUCCCUGUCCCGAUGCGUAUCGCACUGGCACCAUCGCAGUGUGGGCACAGUGGCGGUGACACUUCUCUCCCUUGCAGGUGGUGGUGGCACAAUGGAGGCGGAGGGCGGCCGGGCACGCCGCAGGAAGCCCGACAUGGCCCUCUAUGUGCCCAAAGCGAGGCGGGAGAGAGCGGCACAAGCGGCAGCCACCAGCCACCGGGAGCCUGAGAAGCAGCGCCCGGUGCCGGACAUCCCCAAGGGUGGCUCUGAGGGGCAGAGGCGAAGCCCCGGGGCCAGGACGCACGUGGGCAGAGUGGCUGGCAGGGAGAGCAAAGCAGGGAUCAAGGAGCUGCAGGAAGCCUCUGCUGGGGACAGACGGGCAGCGGGAGCAUCGCUCGAUGUGCGGGAGCCGAGCCCGGAGCCAGCUGCUGCACAGCCCCCGGGAAAAGCAUCCCGGGAUGCAGGGCUUGGGGAGCGCAGCCAUAGGGUGAGGACGGUGCUGGACCCUCUGGGUGCCCAUCCUGCGGCUGCCCCUGAGCAAGGUGAAGAUCCCGAUGGUGUAAUGGCAGCUGAGCUGAGCAUGGUGCGUCGGACAGAGCUGGGCAAUGUGCCGGAGCUUCUGGGGCACAGCUCCCCGGGUGCAGCUACGGAGUGCUCGGGGUGCACAGAACAGGAUGCCUUGCAGCAGGCAGGAGAGGGGAAUGUGGGCAGCAUACCGCAGCUCAGCUGGGAGAGUGUGAAAAGCCACGAGGAAGAGAGGAAGUGUGACAGGUCUGUCCUAGCAGGGCAGAACGAGGGCUGCUCCCCUGGCACUGAGGAAGAGAGGCAGAAAGGCAGCACCAUGGCUACUCCAGGAGGAGCUGCCUGUGAAGCCAGGACAGGGGACUCAACAGCAUUCCCAGACUGGGACAUGGGCAGCACAUCCCAGCUCCUGCCAGAGCGCAUGGAGCAGCUGCCACCCAGCAAGGAGCAGGACAGUGCUGGUGCUGGACAUGAUGAAGGGGUGGUUGUCCCUGUGCCUGAUGGGAGCAGUGAGGUGGGGGCUGAUGAGGAGAUGAGCUGUCCUGGGGGGACAGAAAGUGGCCCUGGGGAAGGGGAUCCCCCAGGCAGCCCCCAACCCCUGAAACCCCUGGAGCUGCUGUGCCGCGGCGUGGAGCAGCUCUCACCUGGAUCCGGUGCUGAGGAACCGACACAAGCAGAUGAGGAUGAAGGCUGGCAGCGGCAGUACCAGGAGGAAGAGGAUGAGGGGGAAGGUCCCCAUGGCGGCUCCCUAAAGCCAGCUCAGCCUGGUGCUGGGACGCCGAGCAGCCCAGGCGGUGAGGAGAGCUGGGAUGCACUGUUCAAUGACGAAGGGGACUGCCUGGACCCGCGCCUCCUGGAAGAGCUCUCGGGGGGCCCGGAGCGCCGGCAGAGCCUGCAGGAGCCCCGCUUCAACUACUACGGGGCUGAGCCGGCCGCGCCAGACCUCAGCGACGCCGAGCUGCCCCAUGUCAUCGAGAUCUAUGACUUCCCCCCGGAUUUCCGCACCGAGGACCUGCUGCGCAUCUUCUGCAGCUACCAGAAGAAGGGCUUUGACAUCAAGUGGGUGGACGAUACGCACGCUCUGGGCAUCUUCUCCAGCCCCAUCACAGCACGCGAUGCCCUCAGCACCAAGCACCUGAUGGUGAAGACUCGCCCACUGUCCCAGGGCACGCGGGCCGCCAAAGCCAAGGCAAGGGCGUAUGCUGACUUCCUGCAGCCAGCCAAGGAGCGCCCCGAAACGUCAGCUGCACUGGCACGGCGCCUGGUCAUUGGUGCCUUGGGGGUGCGCAGCAGCCAGACCCCCGCCCAGCGGGACGCCGAGCGCAGGAAGCUGCAGGAGGCACGGGAGAGGAAGCGCCUGGAGAACAAGCAGCGGGAGGAUGCCUGGGAAGGCCGGGAGUGAAUGUCCUGCAGUGGGAUGGUGCUGGCAAUGCUGCCGGGACUACCCACACCUGGGGUUGGAGCUGGUGCUGUCGCUGCCCUGUGGGCUCUGUGCCCAGCUGGCAGGAAUGGGCUCACAGGAAGGGGCCAGGGCACGGCUGCGGGAUGCUUGAGGACCGGCUGGGGACAUGCCGUGCUGUCCCAGGGCUGUCCCCAGGACUGUGGUGGCACAUGUCAUGUGGAUCAGCCACGGCCGCUCUGAGUAUUGUGAAUGAGAAUGUCCUUUAUUUUGCUAAUAAAUACCAUUUAUUUUCCUUU